AUGUGGAAGGUUUCUAUUCCAAAUAAAGCUAAAGUUCAUGUUUGGAGGGUUUGUUUGGAUAUCUUGUCAUCUCUUGUUAAAUUGGAGUGGAGAAGAGUGCAGUUAGAUUCUGUUAUGUGUGUGCUUUGUGAGGAUCACAUGGAGUCCACUCUACAUCUUUGUAGGGAUUGCCCUUUUACUCAAGAAGUGUUAAAGUCUAACGCUGUUCUUAGGCAGGAGAGGAAUGACCGGGUGUGGAACCAAAAGCAACAGGGACCGGGUGAUGUGGUUAUCGGUGCUAUGACUCGAUUACACGAGUUUAGAUUCCAUAACAUGAAAGAAAGUGGUUCUACAAGUAGAAGUAUUCGACUGGUUCGCUGGAAGGCUCCACCGGUGGGGAUUUUGAAAAUUAAUGUUGAUGGGGCCUUUAAUCAUGUCACUCGUCAAGGUGGUGUGGGUUUUGUUAUCCGAAAUGAGCUUGGAAUUAUGCUGGCAGGAGGUGCUUGCCCUCUAAGUGGUCUAUUAUCGGCGGAACAUGGGGAGGUCUUAGCUUGUCAAAAAGCCCUGGAAUUUGCGUCGGCUCACUCCUUCUUACCUGCGAUUCUGGAAACAGAUGCCUUGGCAGUUCAAGGACAAUUAAGUGCAGCUAUAGGUACUAAUAAUUCCGUGUUGGGACGGAUUUAUGACGAUCUGGUGAUCAUGUUGGCAUCUCAACCUUCUGUGUCAGUCGCCCAUGUUGGCAGGUUGGGCAAUACUGUUGCUCAUUGUCUAGCAGCUCAUGCUUGUGGUUUGCAGCAGGACUGCUUUUAUUUCUCAACUCCGUCUUUUCUUCUAGCUGCAGUAGCAGCUGAACUUUGCAUUGUGUAA